AUGAAUGGUCUGAAUGGAAACAACGGGUCACCAGGAACUAUGGGUGAAAAGGGUGUGGCAGGUCCAACUGGACCACGUGGAUUCAAGGGAGAGGCUGGCGUUAAGGGAGAAACAGGCGUGGCUGGUCCACCCGGGCCACGUGGUGCUAAAGGAGAAGCGGGUCCAGCUGCAAAGGCUUCUCAACAAAAGAAUUGGAAGCAGUGCGCUUGGAAGACGGUUGACGGAAGGGAUACUGGCGUGAUAAAGGUAUAUUGCAAACAAAGCCUUCUACUGCCACCACGUUACGUUAAAUGAAUCUCUCACAGUAAUUAGAAUCAACGGCUUUCNUAAUUUCCAUGAGUUAAAGUCAAACAUUUGGUUUAAAGAACGAUUAAAAAAAAUCCUUCUUCUUUUGUUUUAUUUUGAUUCUAAAGCUGAAAUUAAAUCAAUGUUGGUCAGAUUUUCACAUUUGACGCCGAUCAGGAGCCCAUGGACUCCUGCAUCGAUUAUCACGAAAUGAGCAGCCAUCACUUAUUUUUGGAAUGCAUUCGGCAUAGUCAUUAUUCUAUAUCUACAACUCUUUGAUCCUCUUGUCCCUUAGCAACACAGUAUGUUCUCGCAGAGUACCACCCGGCAUUCCUGGAAUGAAUGGUCUGAAUGGAAACAACGGGUCACCAGGAACUAUGGGUGAAAAGGGUGUGGCAGGUCCAACUGGACCACGUGGAUUCAAGGGAGAGGCUGGCGUUAAGGGAGAAACAGGCGUGGCUGGUCCACCCGGGCCACGUGGUGCUAAAGGAGAAGCGGGUCCAGCUGCAAAGGCUUCUCAACAAAAGAAUUGGAAGCAGUGCGCUUGGAAGACGGUUGACGGAAGGGAUACUGGCGUGAUAAAGGUAUAUUGCAAACAAAGCCUUCUACUGCCACCACGUUACGUUAAAUGAAUCUCUCACAGUAAUUAGAAUCAACGGCUUUCAGUAGGCAGGCUGUACCGCAGCCUAAAUUACCAUGAACAAAUCACGGCCGUCACUUUACCUGUAAGCGAUUACUUAAAAAGAACAAUUAAAUUAAUGAGCUAACAAAUUCGAUAACUAAAAUUUUGUCUUCUCUUUAAAUGUUAUAUUAGUCACCAGGAGCCUACUAAUUAACUAUUCUUACUUCUUUAUUGUGAUUAGUCUGUGUACAGACGUCCCUCUCCUUCUGAGGGGAGGGGGAGGGGGGGGGAGGGCGUCUGACACAGUCUAAUUGUGAUGUGCCACGGUUGAAAAGGUAUUUAAUUUUCCUUUCCUCAAGUUAAUUGACCAGAUUGAAUUUUGUUGUUGUUGUUGUAACAGGAGUGCCAGUUUACCAAAAUUAGAGAUCAUACAGCGCUUCGUGUAGUGUACCAAAGCAACUUUCGACUGCAUUGCAACCAGUGCGCUAAGCGAUGGUUUAUCACAUUUAAUGGCAACGAGUGCAGCUCGCCUCUUCCUAUUGAAGCAGUCAUGUGGAUUUGA